CCGAGCGGAGCGAGCGCCGCCACCGAGGGGCGCCCCGCGCCGGAGCCAUGACCCUCCGCCGCCUCAGGAAGCUGCAGCAGAAGGAUGAUGCGGCGGCUGCCCCGGACCCCGCCGCCCCGGCUCCGGACUCGGAAGUCGCUCCCGCCGCCCCGGCUCCGACCCCGGCCUCGGGCCCCCCGGCCGCAGCCGCCGCCCCUGGCGCCCCCGGGGACGAGCUGUACGCGGCGCUGGAGGACUAUCACCCCGCCGAGCUGUAUCGCGCGCUCGCCGUGUCCGGGGGCACCCUGCCCCGCCGAAAGGGAUCAGGAUUCCACUGGAAGAAUCUCGGCCAGAGUCCUGAACAGCAGCGGAAAGUGCUGACACUGGAGAAGGAGGAUAACGAGACCUUCGGCUUUGAGAUCCAGACCUAUGGCCUUCACCACAGGGAGGAGCAGCGCGUGGAGAUGGUGACCUUUGUCUGCCGAGUUCACGAAUCCAGCCCUGCCCAGCUGGCUGGACUCACACCUGGGGACACUAUCGCCAGUGUCAAUGGCCUCAACGUGGAAGGCAUCCGGCAUCGAGAGAUUGUUAACAUCAUUAAGGCAUCGGGCAAUGUUCUCAGGCUGGAAACUCUGUACGGGACAUCAAUUCGGAAGGCAGAGCUGGAGGCCCGUCUGCAGUACCUGAAGCAAACCCUGUAUGAGAAGUGGGGAGAAUACAGAUCACUAAUGGUGCAGGAGCAGCGGCUGGUGCAUGGCAUCGUGGUGAAGGACCCGAGCAUCUACGACACGCUGGAGUCCGUGCGCUCCUGCCUCUACGGUGCGGGCCUACUCCCGGGCUCGCUGCCCUUCGGGCCACUGCUCGCUGCACCCAGGGGCUCCCGCGGGGGCGCGCGGCAGGCCCGGGGCGACGCCGACGACGCGGUCUACCACACCUUCUUUGGGGCCGCAGAGCCACCCGCACUGCCGCCCCCGCCACCCCCCGCCCGCGCCCCAGGCCCGGGCCCCAUGGAGGCCCUGGCCUCAGGGUUGCCCCCCGCGCCAAGGGCCUUGCUGAGCCGCAGCGCCAGCGUGCGGUGCACGGGCGUCGGAGGGGGCGCGCCGGGCGCACUCUGGACUGAGGCCAGUGAGCAAGCCUUGUGCGGCACCGGCCUGCGCAAAACCAAGUACCGCAGCUUCCGCCGGCGGCUUCUCAAGUUCAUCCCCGGACUCAACCGCUCGCUGGAGGAGGAGGAGAGCCAGCUGUAGGGAUGGGGCGGGCAGGGGAAGGUAUUUAUUUAUUUAUUCGUUCCAGCCAGUGCAAAAACGAGGGGGGUGAGGGGACCCCGGGAGCCCAGAGCAGCGGGAGAGGGUCCUUGCCAGCUCUGUAGGCCUGGUUGGUUCCUGACAUGUCUCUUUUGCGUGGGGAGUCCAGACUUCUUCCCUCCUCCUCCAAACCACAGCGCGAGCUGGCAGGGGAGAGCCUGGCAAGCUUGGGGUUGAGUGAGGUUCAGGGGCCUAAGAUAGGGCAGUCUAUCCUAUGUCUGGGUCAGUAGUGCCUUGUGGGGUAUCCAGGAAAAUUCCCGUGGGGGACCUGUACCACAAAAGCCCUCUUCUCAGCUUUACUCGAUCCCUCACCCUUAGCCUUGAAAGGGGGACAUGGCCCAUUGUGGGUCAUUCUCCCACCUCUACACAUACACAGUUCCAGUUAACCAGUGGGCCCCUGAGUGGGGAAAGGUGCUGGCCCCCUCCCUCCCAGCCUUGACCCUUAAGGGCUUGGCCACUGUCAAGGGCCUGUAACUAAGUCAGGUCAGGCUGGGCAGGGGUCCUGGGUUCUCUGCCCCUUGGCGGACAGCAAUAGGCACAUCCAGGUGGGGUGGGGGCAGCAAGACUGUUCCACCAUUUUCCUAUUGUUGCUUCUGAACCACAGACUGUAUAAAAUUGACGGUUUUUUGCAUCUGUAUCAGUGUGGUGACUGCCUGAGGGGGAGGAUUGGGCUCCGGCAAGCUCUGACUCCACCGCGCAUCCCCCCACUCCAAACACACACACUCUAUAUUUUACAUCUCAUUUGCUUGGAGCCUGCAGCCAGGAAAAUCGUCUGGGAGAUUUCUACUUGUAUGGGCCUGAACUAGAGGCCCCACACCCUCUUCAAAACUUGGGCCUCUUGUUUAACUAAACCUUGAGCCUCCCUCCCCAAAUGCCCACGACAGGUGGUGGCCAAAGCUUGUAUAAAGUCCUUUACUAUCCCUGUGGAACUCCUGGUUCUUCUUCCUUCCCCAGGCCUGGGGCCUCCCUUGAGGGGCAGGAGCCAGACCUACAGGGUACCUGAGCCAUUGUCUACCCAACUUGUGACAGGUCCAGUCACUGGUCACUCCAUCAUUGUUAUAAAACGCCUCAAUGAUUUCCCAAUACUUAACUAAAAAUAAGAUUCCAACUCCUCAUGUGGGAGCUGACCCCUGCCUGCCUCGUUUGUCUCCCCCUCCUGCAGCCUGCUCUGGCCACUGGCCGCCUGGCCAUGCCUGGCACACCCAGACCUCCCCUGAGGCCUCUGCACAGGCUCUUGUCACAGACAGCGCCUUCAGAAUUCCGUUGCCACCCAAAGUCCUUCCCAGCCAGUCUAAAAUAUACUCCUACCCCCUCUGUUGCUGCGUCACUGGGCCCUGCUUUAUCCCUACCUAAUACUCAUCAGCAUCAGAAAUUGUCUUGCCUUUAUGGGUUUUGGUUUUUGUCUGCCUCCUCCCCAUUAGAAGGUAAGGUUCUUGAGGCAGGACUCAGGACUCUUUUCUGUCUUAUUCAGUGCAUUAUUUCUUGCCUGCAUUAGCACAUAAGAGCAAAAACCAAACCUGUUGUUGUCAAGUGGAUUCUGACUCAUGGCAACUCCAUGUGUUACAGAAUAGAACCAAGCUCCAUAGGGUUUUCUUGGCUGUAAUGUUCAUGGAAGCAGAUACCGAGCCUUUCUUCUGUGGUGCUCCUGGGGGAGUUUGAACUACCAGUUUUUCAUAGUCAAGGAUUUAACCGUUUGUGCCACCCAGGGACCAAUCUAGCACAUAUAGACCCUCAAUAAAUACAGUAUGUACUCAAAGCGUCUCCAAGAAAUAGUCACCACCUUCUGUGAAGUGAGGGAAAGUAACCUGUCCAGGGUCAUGCAGCACUGGUGCAGUGCUUCUCCCUGGCAGUAAUCAGCAUACAAGAGGCGGCUUUAAGAGGUCUAAGUGACACCUCCCCAGCCUGGCCACUGCCAUCAUCUCCCCCUACACUACCACAUCGGCCUCCUGAACGGGUUCCUUGCUUCCUCUCUCACCUCUCAACCAUUCCUCUUCACACAGCAGUCAGGGCAAUCUUUUUAAAAAGGAAAUCAGAUCACAACCCUCUUCUGCUUAAAAUCCAUUCUGGCUUUCCCUGGAGUAAAAGUAUAAAAUCCAAACUCUUUACCAUGACUGAUCCAUAACAAAUUGUCCCUCCAGGCAGACAAGUACAGACAGCACCCCUUCUAGGUUGACAGCAGCCACACAGACCCAACAAUUUGGGAGCCUUCGUGCAGCGUACGAUCUUUGCAACUAUGUGCUGGCGCCCUGCGUGAAG